AAGGCCAAUGAAAGUCUCCUGAAGACGAUACUCUAUCAUGACAACAAUAACUCGGAUGGAAGAAGGCACAUCACACUUGGAGAAGCGGGAAGUAUGACGUCGAUACUUUGGAGUGAACCUACAGCUUCCCCACAACAUGACCAAGGCAUCAACUCGUGGUGGGAACUAGAGGUAGAACUGGUGAUGGUUUUAAUGUAAACUUCGCUGAUAAAAGUCGUGGAUUGAGCGGGGAUUGAUGAAAAGUUGUGCGCUGCGAUGGCCACUCCUGCGCACCCGGAGACCAGGAGGUUUACGCGGGGUCUGGGGAAACCUGGCACGGCUGCAGAGCUCAGGCAAAGCGUGUCUGAGGUAGUGAGGACGUCCGUGCUCAUAGUGAAGCCAAAGGUGAUCGAGCCGCUGGACUAUGAAAAUGUGCUGGUGCAGAGGAAAACACAAAUCCUCAGCGAUGUCCUCCGUGAAAUGCUGCAGUUCCCUCUGGAGGACUUUGAGAUUUCUACUUUGAGGCGACAGGGGAGGACGCUCCACCCUACUGUGCCUGAGAAUGCAGAAAGGGAGGCCCAGAGUCUCUUUGUCCAGGAGUGUAUUAAAACCUACAAGUCCGACUGGCAUGUCGUCAACUACAAGUACGAGGACUAUUCUGGAGACUUCAGACAGCUUCCAAACAAAGUGUCCCGGCCUGAUAAGCUGGCAGUCCAUGUAUUUGAAGUGGACGAGGACGUGGACAAAGAUGAGGACACGGCCUCUUUAGGAUCCCAGAAAGGUGGGAUUUCCAAACAUGGCUGGCUGUAUAAAGGAAAUAUGAACAGUGCCAUCAGCGUCACCAUGAGGUCAUUCAAGAGGAGGUAUUUCCAUCUAACGCAGCUUGGAGACGGCUCUUAUAACUUAAACUUCUACAAGGAUGAGAAGAUCUCCAAAGAGCCCAAAGGAACCAUUUUCUUGGACUCCUGUAUGGGUGUAGUUCAGAACAACAAAGUGCGUCGCUUCGCCUUCGAGCUGAAGAUGCAGGACAAGAGUACGUACCUGCUGGCUGCAGACAGCGAGGCAGAGAUGGAGGACUGGAUCAACACGCUCAAUAAAAUCCUGCACAGCAGUUUUGAGAUCGCCAUGCAGGAGAAGAGGAACGGAGACAUUCAUGAUGAUGAUGAUCUUGCUAAGUCAGACAGUUCCUCUGGCAGUAUGGACAGCUUUCAGAGUGCAAGAGAUAUUGAGUCGAGGAUGAGGAGUGAGACGAGGCUGAAGCUGUUUACUCUGGACCCUGACACACAGAAACUCGACUUCUCAGGAAUCGAGCCGGACGUGAAACAGUUUGAGGAGAAGUUUGGUAAACGUGUCCUGGUGAACUGCAAUGACCUCUCCUUCAACCUUCAGAGCUGUGUGGCCGAGAACGAGGAAGGACCGACAACAAAUGUGGAACCUUUUUUUGUCACCCUGUCACUGUUUGACAUUCAGAACGGCAGAAAGAUCGCCUCUGACUUUCACGUGGAUUUAAACCACCCGUCUGUACGGGCCAUGGUGUCCAAAAACAGCAGCCAGUAUAUGAAUGGGGGAGGGGACGCCCACACUGAGGCACAACGGUUGGUCCAUGGGGUGCCAGAGGUGAACAUGCAGUAUCCAAAACUGGGUGUUUUCUCGGUCACUUGUCCCCACCCUGAUAUCUUCCUGGUGGCCCGAAUAGAGAAGGUGCUUCAGGGAGGAAUCAACCACUGUGCCGAGGCGUACAUGAAGAGUUCAGACUCCACCAAGGUGGCGCAGAAGGUCCUGAAAAAUGCCAAGUGGGCGUGCAGCCGGUUAGGCCAAUACAGGAUGCCUUUUGCCUGGGCAGCAAGGCCUUUGUUCAAAGAUGCUUCAGGGACACUUGACAAAAGUGCUCGUUUCUCAGCUCUAUACAGACAAGACAGCAACAAGCUAUCCAACGAUGAUAUGCUCAAACUGCUGGCUGAUUUCAGAAAGCCAGAGAAGAUGGCCAAGCUGCCUGUAAUCCUUGGAAACCUAGACGUUACCAUUGACAAUGUAGCUCCAGACUUGACGAAUUGUGUUACCUCAUCCUACAUUCCUGUGAAGCAGUUUGAUGUCAGCGAGAAGACCAACAUCUUCUUUGAAGUGGAGGAGUUUGUGCCGUGCAUCGCCAAAUGUUCUCAGCCUUUCACCAUCUACAACAAUCACCUCUACGUCUACCCCAAGCACUUGAAAUACGACAACCAAAAGUCUUUCGCAAAGGCGAGAAACAUAGCUGUCUGCAUUGAGUUCAAGGACUCAGAUGAUGAAGAUGCUGUUUCACUGAAGUGCAUAUAUGGUCGACCUGGAGGACCUUUGUUUACCAAAAAUGCCUUUACUGCAGUUUUACAUCACCAGCACAACCCUGAAUUCUACGAUGAGUUUAAGAUUGAGCUGCCGACUCAGCUCCAUGAAAAGCAUCAUCUGCUCUUCACCUUCUACCACGUCAGCUGUGAGAGCAACAGCAAGGCCAGCACCAAGAAGAGAGACGUGGUUGAGACUCAAGUGGGUUUCGCCUGGCUUCCACUGCUGAAGGAUGGCCGCGUGAUCAUGAACGAGACCCAGAUCCCUGUGGCCGCUAAUCUGCCUGCUGGAUACCUCAGCUGUCAGGAGGGUGCAAGCAAGCAUUCAGGUCCUGAAGUCAAAUGGGUAGAUGGAGGGAAACCUAUAUUUAAGGUGUCCUCUCAUCUCGUGUCCACUGUCUACACUCAGGAUCAACAUUUGCACAAUUUCUUUCAUCACUGUCAGAGCAUUGAGCCUGCACCCCAGACAUCUGGAGGAGAUCUGGUCAAAUACCUAAAGAGUCUGCAUGCCAUGGAGAGUCAUGUCAUGAUCAAGUUUCUGCCCACCAUCCUGAAUCAGCUGUUCAGGGUGCUAACCAGUGCCACCCAGGAGGACGUGGCUGUCAAUGUAACAAGAGUCAUGAUUCAUGUUGUGGCCCAGUGCCAUGAGGAGGGGCUGGAGCACUACCUGAGGUCGUAUGUGAAGUAUGUAUUCAAGACUGAGCCGUACACGUCGUCCAACAGCCGAACAGUGCACGAGGAGCUGGCAAAGGCAAUGACAGCUAUCCUGAAGCCUUCCACCGACUUUCUCACGAGUAACAAGCUCCUCAAGUACUCCUGGUAUUUCUUUGAAGCCUUAGUCAAGUCCAUGGCUCAGCACUUGAUUGAAAGCUGUAAAGUGAAGCUGUCCAGGAAUCAGCGCUUCUCAGCAUCCUUCCAUCACACAGUGGAGACUCUGGUCAACAUGAUGAUGCCACACAUCACUCAGAAAUACAAAGACAACCUGGAUGCUGCCAGGAACGCCAACCACAGCCUUGCAGUCUUUAUCAAGCGGUGUUUCAACCUGAUGGACAGAGGCUUUGUGUUCAAGCAGAUCAACAACUACAUCAACUGCUUCAUGCCUGGAGAUCCAAAGACGCUGUUUGAGUUCAGGUUUGAGUUUCUGCGUGUUGUUUGCAACCACGAGCACUACGUCCCUUUAAACCUGCCCAUGCCUUUUGGAAAGGGAAGGAUACUGAGAUUUCAAGACCUUCAGCUGGAUUACUCGCUGACUGAUGACUUUUGCAAGAACCACUUCCUGGUUGGGCUGCUGCUCAGGGAGGUCAGUGCAGCUCUGCAGGAGUUCAGGGAGAUCCGUCAGAUAGCCAUCCAUGUCCUGAAGAGUCUGAUGAUUAAGCACACGUUUGAUGACCGCUACACCUCCAAAAGCCAGCAGGCCAGGUUGGCCACACUGUAUUUGCCCUUGUUUGGUCUGCUCCAGGAGAAUGUCAACAGGCUGAAUGUGAAGGAAGUUACUCCAUUUCCCAUCAACCACUCCAACAAUAAUGGGAGAGAAGAUUUACUUUUCACCAAUGCUCUGAUGACACCACCCCGGUCCAGCACCUUUCUGGACACCAGCUUACACAAAGAUGUGUUUGGAGCCAUCUCCGGCACCUCCUCCCCUCACACAUCAUCAACCCCCAACAUAAACUCAGUGCGUCAUGCAGACUCUCGUGGCUCUCUCAUCAGCACAGAUUCUGCCAACAGCCUGCUGGAGAGGAACGACAAGGGCAACUCACUGGACAAGAACCAGCCCGCCUCAACACUGGGCAGUACCCUCCUGAGAUGUGAUAAACUGGACCAGGCCGAGAUCAAGAGCCUCCUCAUGUGCUUCUUACAUGUUCUCAAAAGCAUGUCUGAGGAUGCCCUGUUCACAUACUGGAACAAAGCCACAUCUGCUGAGUUAAUGGACUUCUUCACCUUAAUAGAAGUGUGUCUCCAUCAGUUCAGAUACAUGGGGAAAAGAUACAUUGCAAGGAACCAGGAUGGGGCAGGACCCGUAGCACAUGAGCGGAAGUCUCAGACUCUGCCUGUGUCCCGUAACAGGGCGGGAAUGAUGCAUGCCCGCUUACAGCAGCUCAGCAGCCUGGAUAACUCAUACACUUUUAACCACACCUACAGUCAUUCGGAUGCAGACGUGUUGAAUCAGUCUCUGCUGGAGGCUAACAUCGCUACUGAAGUGUGCCUGACUGUCCUGGACACGUUAAGUAUCUUCAUCAUGGGAUUUAAGACCCAGCUGUGCUCCGACCAUGGCCACAGUCCACUCAUGAAAAAGGUGUUUGAUGUCCACCUCUGUUUCCUGCGUAUUAAUCAGUCAGAGACAGCCCUCAAGCAGGUCUUCACUACACUGCGCACCUUCAUCUACAAGUUUCCCUGCACGUUCUUUGAAGGGCGUGCUGACAUGUGUGCUGCUUUCUGCUAUGAGAUCCUGAAGUGCUGUAACUCAAAGCUGAGCUCCAUCCGCAGCGAUGCAGCCCAUCUGCUCUACUUCCUCAUGAAGAGCAACUUUGACUACACGGGUCGGAAAUCUUUUGUCAGGACACACUUACAGGUGGUGAUCGCUGUCAGUCAGUUGAUAGCUGAUGUCAUUGGUAUUGGAAGUACCCGCUUCCAGCAGUCUCUGUCAAUAAUCAACAACUGUGCCAACAGUGACAAAACUAUCAAGAACACAGCUUUCCCAUCAGACGUGAAGGACCUCACUAAACGGAUCAGGACGGUGUUGAUGGCCACGGCUCAGAUGAAAGAGCACGAGAGAGAUCCGGAGAUGCUGGUGGACCUGCAGUACAGCCUCGCCAAGUCCUACGCCAGCACGCCUGAACUACGCAAGACCUGGCUGGACAGCAUGGCCCGGAUCCACGUGAAGAAUGGAGACUUGUCAGAGGCGGCCAUGUGCUACGUGCACGUGGCAGCACUUGUGGCAGAAUACCUGCGGAGAAAAGGCAUGAUCAAGCAGGGCUGCUCAGCAUUCAGGGUCGUCACACCAAACAUCGAUGAGGAAGCAGCAAUGAUGGAGGAUGUCGGCAUGCAGGAUGUUCACUUCAAUGAAGAUGUCCUCAUGGAGCUUUUGGAGGAGUGUGCGGAUGGACUGUGGAAAGCUGAGCGUUAUGAGCUCAUCUCUGAUAUUUACAAGCUCAUAAUCCCCAUUUAUGAGAAACGCAGGGACUUUGAGAAACUGGCCCACCUGUAUGACACACUGCAUCGAGCCUACAGCAAAGUGACGGAGGUCAUGCACUCAGGAAAGAGACUUCUGGGCACUUACUUCAGAGUGGCUUUCUUUGGCCAGGGUUACUUUGAAGAUGAAGAUGGUAAAGAGUACAUCUACAAAGAGCCCAAGUUCACCCCUUUGUCUGAGAUAUCACAGAGGCUCCUGAAGCUGUACUCAGACAAGUUUGGACAGGAGAACGUGAAGAUGAUCCAGGACUCAGGAAGGAUUAACCCCAAAGACCUGGACUCUAAGUAUGCCUACAUCCAAGUGACUCACGUGACCCCUUAUCUGGAUGAGAAGGAGCUGGUGGACAGGAAGACAGACUUUGAGAAGAGCCACAAUAUCCGCCGAUUUGUGUUUGAGAUGCCGUUCACCAUAUCAGGCAAAAAGCAGGGCGGGGUGGAGGAGCAGUGCAAACGCAGGACUAUACUAACAACAACGCACUGUUUCCCCUACGUGAAGAAACGCAUUGCAGUGAUGUACCAACACCACACUGAUCUGAGCCCUAUUGAGGUGGCCAUCGAUGAGAUGAGCAAGAAGGUGGCGGAGAUCAAACAGCUCUGCUCCUCCAGCGAGGUGGACAUGAUACGUCUGCAGCUCAAACUUCAGGGUAGCAUCAGUGUCCAGGUUAAUGCAGGACCACUUGCAUAUGCCCGAGCUUUUCUAGAUGAUUCAAGUGCAAAGAAGUAUCCUGAUAACAAGGUCAAACAGCUGAAAGAGGUCUUCAGGCAUUUUGUGGAGGCGUGCGGCCAUGGCUUAGGCAUCAAUGAGCGGCUGAUCAAAGAGGACCAACAGGAAUAUCACGAUGAGAUGAAAGCAAACUACAGAGACCUGGCCAGAGAGCUGUCCAUCAUCAUGCAUGAGCAAAUCAGUCCUGUGGAGGAUGGCAUGAAGAGCGUUCUUCCAGACUCGCUUCACAUCUUUAACGCCAUCAGCGGCACGCCAACCACUACCACCAUCCAGGGCAUCCCCAGCUCUUCCUCCGUGGUAUGAUGCUAGCCUGAGCUAGCCUUGAACCCGGCGCUUUCAGCCCUUGCUAGCCAGCCUGCCAGUGAUGAAGAUUGUCAGCUUUAAAAGGGAAACUGACAAAGGCAUGGACAAGUCUGACCAUUUUCAAUGAACUGCAGCGAAGGCACUGGAUCUGAUGUCAUGGGAUCUCUGGUGGAAGGGGCCAAAUCAAAGUUUUCAGUGACUGAGUCCUGGGGGGGAUCAUACAGGAAAGAUGACAGACUCGGCUCCUGUUUCCACCUGAAGAGACGGGGCAGUGUUUUCCAUGGAGACAUUCCUGUUGGGAUCUUAAAUAUGCAUGUCAUUACAUUACACCCAGCACCGUCCCAACAGACCAUUUUUGUUUAUUUUGUCAAAGUUUCACAUUGUCUUUUUUAUGUACAGUAUUCCACUUUUAUAAGCCACUGUGUUGAUAUCUUGAUGAACAUAAAUGCUGCAUACAUAGACGCUCAUCUCCCUGUAAAUGAGGUUAUAUUUCUAUAAAAAUGCUCAAAAUUUGCAAAAGGGCCUCUUUUGACUCAUUCAACCUUAAUUCACUUCAAUGUCUUAGGAUAGGAGCGUUUUUAAAAUAUUUAAAGCCAUUACAAAUAGUAUAUACCAAGUUGUUUAUUAAUGUAUAUAGAAAAAAGGAGUGUGUGCAAUAUUUGCUAAGUAUACACUGUAAGGAUGAUAUUCACCUUCUUUGCCAAAGCGAUGAGGUGCGGAGGCAGACACUACGCCUACUGUGGAAGUAAUAUGAAGCUUUUACCAUUUUAGUGUUCUUUAAAAUGUUCAACAAAUUGUUUUAUAUUGGAGCAGCAAUGUUUUUUUAAUUUUUAUUUAACACAAAGGCACUGUUCUGCUGUAAACAGAAAUAUUCAACAAUGCUUUUCUUUUAAAUAAAGUACACUCAUUUCUCUGCA